AUGAUAUCAAGUAAAUUUUUAAUCUAACACGAUAUUUCGUUCUUUGAUUUGAACGAAUGUAUAAUAAUCAUUAAUUAAAUUAAAUUACUAUCAGCCAUUAGAAUCGUGGAAUGUAAUGAAAUCUGUAUAAAUUAUAAAUUAGAAAAAAAAUUUUAUAAAUUAGAAAAUAGAGAAAAAAAUUUUUAUAAAUUAUAAAUUAGAAAAAAAAUUAGAAAAAAACCUCAUUUACUUUCUCAUGGUGUCUCAUCGUUCAAUGAAGCAGCUGUUCCCAUUUUCUGAGUUCUAGACCGUUUUCAGGUAACCUCGCGUGAGAUUUCCUAAAAUGGUAAUGGCCACUCGUUUAGUAUUACGCGUCUCGAGGUAUGAUCGUUGCCAUAUACGAGCUUUACGAUGGUGAAUCGCUAGCAAAUAUUAUUUAUGCCCGCGUACGUUUCUCAUUAUCGAAAUGGACUAACGAACAUAAAACUUCUUUUCGUUCUGUUUGUAUCUCAUUCAGAGCGGGGAAUGGCUGAGAUUGAAGGUUCUGGAGGUUCAACCAGAACUAACGAAGCUCGGUGCCACGGUGAAGGAAGCUACCGAGCUGUCGAAUGCACACGACGAAGUUCUGCUUCGAUUGCAGAGCAAACAGAGCCCGGUGGAGGAAUUGCUCCGGCAAGCUGAUCAGUUGAUCUCGAACCAAAGGCCAAGAGCGGAAGUGUACGCCGCGAUGGCGGAAACAUUGGGCCAAGCCUGGCGCGACGUGAACGAGCUUUUGGAACGUCGGAAACAGAUACUCGACUCCAAUGUUCGAGCAGAAGAGUGUCGGGAAAGUAUGAGAGCCCUCGAAAUGGCAUGCAACGAUACGUUGCUGCCGAUCGAGAUCGAGGCGGUGAAGAACUUUUUGUCGAAAAUCCACGAUCUUCGGAAAAACAUGCUCGAGGCGUUGAUGGGCGCGUUGCAAGAAGGGAAGAAUUUGUUGGACCGGCUGAAGGAGAUCGCGAACGAAGGCACCUUGGACUCCAGACCGGAUAGAAUUAAGCUCGAAGCUGAUCACGCGGUGUUGCAGGUGGAAAAAUGGCUGGAGGAGCUUCACGACAGGAGACGGCUGAUCGAAGCGUCGUUCCGUAGCAGAAAGACACAAUUGGAGCAAUGCCUGGCUCUGGCUCUGCUAGCGACCGAUCUACGCGAUCUCGAAGAGAUCUUGAACGACAGAAUCGCUGCUCUGUCGAGCAGCUGCGAUCAGCUGGGGGAUUCUGCGUCGAGCGCGGAAUUGCUCCUGUUCGAAUUAAAGAAAUUACAAGCUGAGGCUAAGGAAUUUCAAGACAGAUCGAUCAAAAUAACGAAGUCAACCGAACGAUUAGUGUCAUCGGGACACUUUGCCGGUGAACAGGCGACAGAACAAGCUUAUGCGAUCCUUGGCGCCGCGGCUGAUUACGUCAACGAUUUGGAUCAGUACGAGUCAUUGUUGAACAGAGCGGUGGCCUUUUUCAAUUCGGCGAGAUCGGCAAUUACAAAGUUAGAUCAGUUGGAGAUUCAGCUGGUAACGACGGAGCAUCCCCCGUACUCGACGAAAUUGGCUCGUUUCCAUGCUCAGACGGUCGCCACCAUCGAAGACGUCACCGCGAAACCUUUGGCGGAAGGAUACGCCCUUCUGGAUGUCACAGGAAGAGGAGCGCCGGGGGCUGAGGGUGUGAAACGAGUGGUGGAGGAGUUAGAAAACCGAAAGAUCCGUCUGGUCGAACAAUGCACAGCGCACGAGAAGGAGAACCUCGAGAUAUCGAGGAUCAUAAAUACGUUCUUGGACAAGCACGACGAGCUGAGAAAAUGGCUGAUGAGUAUACCCGAAGCGUUUCUCCAAGGUCACCAAGACAUGGGCAGCGACGUUCCGAUGGCGGAGGAUUUCUGUCGGCUGCAUCGUCAGCUGUUAAACGACCUCGAACGAAGAACCGACGAAGUCGAGCAUCUGGAGUUUGAAAUUUUACCGAUCAGAGAACGACUCGACGAGGAGCAAAAGUUAGAGCUACAGUCGAAGGUGGAAGAGUUGAAGAAUUCUUGGUCGAAGACGAAGGAGCUGGUGGCGAAUCGAAUUGAUCUGGGAUCGCUUUAUUUGCAAUUUCACGUGGUAGUUGAGGAGCUGACCAGGGAAAUUGAAUCGAUCGAAAGCGAGUUGAAGAGGCACACUGACGUUUUAGACGAGAGGAAGAUCGAGCAGCUUGGAAGACGCUGGAAGGAUCUUCAGCCGCUCUACGUGAAAUUGACGAACGCUGGAAAAGCGUUUUUGGACUCUGCUAUUAAGAUCGAUGACCCCUAUCUAGAUGUACCAAGAGCAUGCAUAUGCGUGCAGACACUUUUGGAAAAGUUUGCCAACAGGCAACUGACUGUAACAGAAUCGUGGGAGAAAUGGAGGACCACGAUCGAGAUUUUGAGGGAGAAACGAAUCGAGCAUCAACGAAAAGUCGAAGAAAGUACAAGAACAAUGGAGUGGGUUUCCAAAUUCACUGAACAAUUAUAUCCAGUGAUAACGUCUCAGUCUCCUCAAACAGCGAGCAUUCUUCAAGAUUUAGCAGGAUCGAAACAUCGUAUUCUUCCUGAAUUGAACAAAGCUGUCAACGAGUUGGAUUUCAGGAUCAAAGGAAUUAAUACUCUAGCUCAGGAAGGUGAAGUACAAAUCGAUGACGAGAUCCUGAAGAGACUUCGUCAGACGCACGAGAAUCUUCGUACGACUGCUAGGGAUUACGAAACUCUUCUUGAGUCACUGAUUUCUAUCUUCCAGAAUAUUAAAGAGGUCGAGCACAAGAUCGAGCAACUAAACACUCACGCGCAGCGUGUAACCUGCUUGAAGAAAUUGUCCGAGGUGGAAAUCCUGUUCAACGAGUUAGACGCGAUGAAGUGGACCAUUUCUGACCAGCAAAGCCAGAUCAAAUUAAAAAUGCAGGACACGAUCGCUAGAAUCAAGCAACAAGAACCGCCAGAGGCCGGUGUUCAAGACAUUGAGAAGUUGAAACGUGCUGUGGAUUCGUUGUCGACGAACCUUGAACUGUUCUGGUCACAGACAACUGCCAAAAUCGAAGAAUACAGGCGAACGUGCACUUUCGCCGAGGACCUCGAGAGAAUUGAGAAGGAACUGCACGAUUUGAACGAACAUUUGAAGAAAGUGGACGCGAAGAUUGGUGAAAACCUUCAGACAGCUAAAGCUACUGCUGCUUCCUUCGUACAGUUCGAGAAAACUGUCACGAUUCUGGAAGACAGAAUCGAGACGUUCAUAAAGACGACCGAAGAAUCAAUUAGUAUUUUGACACCGCAAAUCGUGAACGAUAUUUCCUUCUUGAGGGAACGAUGGAGGAACUUGAAGAGGAAGGUCGAGGAAACGAAGAAGCGAAUGAACUUGAGCAUAGAGUAUUUCACGCUUUUGGAAGAAGCCAAAGAAUGGAACAGGGAGGGUAGCAAAUUGCUGGUGGUGAUAGCAAGGAAGGCAACCACAGUGAAAACUCCGAAAGACUCGGCGGAUUUGCUGCAAGAAAUUGAACGUUACUUGAAACCAGGCGAAGAAAUUCAAGAAAGGAGGAUCGAGAAGCUGAAGGAACUAUCGACGAUUGUAUUUGGUACAGACAGAUUACCGCAGUUCAACGAAGUGAUCGUCGAGAAUCGUCAAAUGUUGGAUUCCUUCAUCGUCGUCUCAUCCGAACUUCGGACAUUAGCUCAGAACUUGAAGAACGCGGAAGAUUUACAAGAGAAGCUAAGAAUCGAGAAGCAGGAGGCAGACGAGAAAUUACAAGCGGCUAAGAUGGAAAUGGCUGCGGCGGAAGCGGCCAGACAGGAAGCAGAGAAUGCGAAGAAAAUCGCCGAAAAAUUAGCGGCCGAGACACUGGAGAAAGCGACGAUCGAGGCGAAAAAAUUGAAAGAAGAGAGGAAGGUUGAAAAAGUUCCUGCCCCACCGUUGUUUUCGGUGUCCGCGCAAACUGAGAAGAUCGAGAGCACGGACAAAAGUUUCGUCAAAGAGAUGGUCACUUCCGCAACCAUCACUAAAGAGAUACACAUUCUGCAAAAGACGGAAAUCGAGGAAACAUCUCAACGCGAACCAAGUCCACAGAAGAAAAUCGUCACCGAAGAAAUACGGGAGAAAUCAGUGGAGAGAGUACUGAAAGAGAAUGUCCCUCCAUUGGCUCCAGAAUUUACCGUUCCUCUACACGAUGCCACUGUCCAAGAGGGAGAAAAAUUCACUUUCCAAUGUAACCUCGUUGGUCAACCGGCGCCGGAAGUAGUCUGGUACAAAGAUGGAAUCUCGAUUUUGAACAAUCCCGAUUAUUUGACCACUUAUAUUCACGGUGUCUGUACUCUGACGAUCGAGGAAACCUUCGCUGAAGAUUCUGCGAAAUACACUUGCAGAGCUUUCAACAUCGCUGGAUCGGCGGAAACGUCUGCUACGUUGACUGUCAAAGAAACAGCGCCGGAAGAGCAACCGAGCCCGCCAGUUUUCGUGAAGCAGCUGGUCGCUUCCGUGGCAGCAGAAGGAUCUUCCCAUCGAAUGGAUUGCAUCGUCGAAGGUAAUCCUUUGCCAACCGUCCAAUGGUUCAAGAACGACGUGAACAUCGAUAAUUCUCCCGAUUAUGUCAUCACUUAUAAUAAUGGCGAGGCUGUUUUAAAAUUCGAAGAAGUUUUCUUGGAUGAUAAGGCUACUUAUACUUGCAAGGCUGCGAAUCGAUUGGGCCAAGCCUCCACUUCCGCUUUCCUUGACGUUGAACCUGCGGAAUUUACUUUGGAGAAACCAUAUUUUGUUACACCUUUGUCGAAUGCUAUGGGAAGAGCGGGUCAAAGGGUGAAGCUCGAAUGCGAGGCGAAAGGAAAUCCGAUGCCCAGUUUGACUUGGUAUCACGAUGGGAAACCGAUCGAAGAGACUAUGAAUGUAAAGACACAAACGGACGCCGGACGGGCCAGUUUGGUCAUCUCGGAGGCGUUCGCGAAGGAUGCCGGAUGUUACACGGUCGUCGCUAAGAACAACGCCGGCGAGGCCACGGUUUCGUGCAACGUUUCGGUGAAAGGGUGGCUACCUCACGAGACCAGCGACUCGGAGUUCGCUUGCAGCGACAUGGAGCCAGUGGUGCCGAAGAUUCAGAUGCCGUUGAAGGAUCUGAAGGUUCAGGAGGGCUUGUCCGUUCGGCUGGACUGCGUGAUCGUUGGCCAACCGGAACCGGAAGUGAUUUGGUACCACGACGAUCAACCUGUGAAGGAGUCGGCCGAUUUCCAGCUGCUGUUCCAGGGCGACAAGUGUUCCUUGGUCAUACACGAAGCUUUCUUGGACGACGCCGGUCUGUACAAAGUGGUCGCCAUUAAUUCCGGCGGUGAAGCGUCUAGUCAGUGCAGCUUAACAGUGACACCGGUGACUGUUCCGGCGAAAAUGGACAAAACAGAGACAGAAGCGGAAGAAACAUUCGUCGGUGGUUCACCUCCAAAGUUCGUCAAACUUCCGACCGAUUCUUUGGUGGCGGAAGGCGAGACCGCCAUUUUCGAGUGCGCGGUGAUUGGAGAACCGAAACCGGAACUCAAAUGGUUCUCUGACAGUGGCGAGAUCACCAAGAGCGAACGUAUCCUGAUUCAACGGAAGGAAGAUGGGACGAGCAUUCUAAAGAUUUCCUCGACGAUUCCUGAGGAUAAAGGGAAUUACGUGGUCAGAGCGUUUAACGCUCUCGGAGAGGCGAAAGCUUUUGCUCGGUUGGUGGUCAGAUCGUUGGGCGAUUUUAGGAGGAAAGAAGAAUUCGUGCAGAUGGAGGAGAAAUUGAUCGCUCCAACGUUCAAGGAGAAAUUUGAAGACAGAAGAGUAUCAGAAGGCGUUUCCACGAAAUUCGAGUGCAUCGUGAUUGGAAAACCGGCUCCGAAAAUUCAAUGGCUGUUUAACGAUCGUCCUGUACAUGGUAAGGACUUCUUGGUGUCGGUCAGCGGGGAUCGGCAAGUGCUGACGAUCCCAGAGACCGGCGGCACACAUGUCGGUACGAUCUCCUGCGUGGCGGAGAACGCUGCUGGCAAGGCGAUUUGCAGCGCUCGUCUAGAUAUUGGUGAGUACUUUUACAGUACUUUCAAACUUUCGUCAGAAAGAAAAUUGGAAUACCAUUAUUUAUUUAUAUAAUUCUAUUUUUACUCAACAACUUGCGCAAUUUAUUUUUCAAUUUUUCGCUUUAAGUUUUCGUUGAAGUAGUAACCUUUUAUGCACCAAAUACCUUACAUUGAUAUUCUAUGCUUAAAUAUAAUUUAUAUUUUUUUAAAACUAUAAAUUAUUUAUUAUUUAAAUUAUAUUUAACAAUUUAAAUAUAUAUAAAUUAUUUAUAUUUAAAUUAUCAUAUAAUAUUAAAAUAUUAUAUUUAAAUUAUAAUUCAACAAUUUUAUUAUGUCCUUCGUGAUGUCACAUAUCAAUAUCAUAUAUAGCCACUUAUAUUAUAUCCACUUUGUAAUAUAUAUUAUAUCCACUUUGCAUAUUAUAUUAUAUAUUAUAUUAUAUAUAUAUAUAUAUCCACUUUGCAUAUAUAUAUUAUAUAUUAUAUUAUAUAUAUAUCCACUUUGCAUAUAUAUAUAUAAUAUAUUAUAUCCACUUUGUAACAGCAUGUCUUAGUUUGUCCAAUUUACUUACUUGUGGUAAAUACAAACAUCAUUUCUCCCACGAACGAUUCGAUUUUUAACCGAUUUUUAACCACAGUUCUAUUCUAACUCGGUGUCGAUCUUUCAGAAGCCAAGCGACUUUUUAUUGCCAGCCGCGUUACAGUAAAUUGGUUCGCGCGUUGCCAAAAUAUCAUCGAAUCGCAAUCGGUGCCACGAGUUAUUAAUAAUACGCGUCCUAAGUUUCGCGAAUGGCAGUUUCAUUCACCAGGUAGCCGAUACACCAGAUUCGACGUGGAAUAGUGUCACCGGAAAAGAGUGAGAUGUCGCAACUAUUAGAGAGAGAGAGAAAGAGAGAAAUAUGAAUGGAUAACAAAUCAUGAUAUGUGGCAGUGGGAUGUUGCGACAGCAACGAGCUCGCUGAAAUUCGACACCGUUCGUUCCCGUUGCUUUCCGCGAGAAAAAUAAUUGUACGCGACCACCCACUAGCUAACUAGCUUCGAACUUUUGGUUGCUUCGUUGCAUAUUUUUAAUCCUGAUCUCGCGCAUUUUUAGCCUUUGGCACGUAUGAGAUAUUUAUUUAAAUCUGAUAUUUGAAUACGUUUUUUUGAAAAUUUUUAUAACAGUUUCUCUCAUUUCGGUGGAAUUUUAAACCUUGUCUUUUGAUGAAUUUAAUCGUGUAUCUCUGAAUUUUCAUAGUUCUCGCGUAGCUCGGUUUUCUUCUUUCUUGAAUCGCUGCGAAAUAUUCGCAUUCGAAUAUUACAUUUCAAUUUUACCAUUGGCAGUUUCUUUUAUCACUUUUCUUUUCACGUUGCCUUUAUAUCUAUUUUUAUUACUUUUAUUAUUCGAGUCUGAAUUUUCUGCCCUUGCUUUUCCCUCGGGGUGAAAAUCAUUUAUUUUUAUUCCAUCGAAGCGGUAGCGACCGAUCGUAAUUUGAAUCUUUUGUCGUGCAAGGAUACCAACGAUAAAUAUUACCUCCUGUUUCCGAGCCGAGCGAACUCUUUUCAACGGCGAUAUUCGUGGGCAGGCAAUAUCCCAUGAUCCAUUAGCUCGAACUCCGCUCUAACACAGAAGGGAGGGGUCUUAUUUUUAACCAGGGCGACUAAACAAACUCUUUUCUCUUCUUUCACUGAAAGACGAAAAGUUACACUUUGAGUCACGACUAAUAUUAGGUCGGUGCACAUGCCGCGGCAAUUAAAUCUGACGUUUCUCUACGCCCACCUGUGCGUGUCCAUGCUGUAUCACGAUCCACGCAGAAACAUUCAUUUAGUUAGAUCGUUCAAUUCGCCGCUCAUUUUCUAACGUAUGCUUUCCAUAAUUAUAGAAAUUUCUCGUCAGAUCUGUUAUUGUGUAUUUGCUAAUUUCGACGUGGCCUUUGUAGUAGAAAGUGAAAAGUUUGUUUGAUAAGAAAAUAAGUUUGAAUGAUAUUGCAAAUAGAUCGGUCGUGUGUGUAAUAUGUAGAUCGAUGGUGCGUUAAACAAAACUGAUAUUUUGUCCGUUGCUUUUGUUAUGGAAUGCUUGGUAUGUCGUUUAUUUCUCCGCGCUUUACAUCUUUGUAUUUCUAAUAUUUAGAAAAAUAUUUUUAAUAUUUAGAGAAAUCCGGCUGUGACCUUGGUAUUUUGAGAAAAUUACACUGUGACCUUAUUGUUAGUUAG